UAGAAGCGACAGCGAUUUAGCGAUUUCUUCAAACAUGUGGUCAUAUGUUAUCCGUAUAAAUGGAAAUAAACCCAGUAAAUGAGAUAUGGUUUUCAAAACUUCAGUCUGAUGAAAAAGAUUCAACCGAUCCAUUUCAAUUAAGCGGUGCACAUGAUCGACAUGUGUUUGGGAAACCAAGAGAAAUAGGAUUCUUUUCUAUCGAUUCAAGCCGGCAAUUGUUAGAGAACAAAAGUCAAAUGAAAUAUUUAGUUUUUCCUCUGAAAAUGCGCGAUUUGGAAAUUGAUCUAAAUGUUAAUUGUAAAUUGGAUGUUUUUCAUUAUUACAAUACAAUUGAAAAAAUGUAUCAAACAUUGAAGUGGCUAUCGCGUAACCAGAAGAAACUCCAGACACUUUCGAAGAAAACUGAUUUUGUUACAGUUAGAGGUGCACUAGUGAAAAUUAUGUGUACACCCUACUUAAAAGGUUGUAUCCGCCCUCAAUGGGAAAUCUGUGCAACAAGAUAUGAAGGAGUCAUAUAUUUCUGUGCAAUAGAUUCAGAUGAAGACAUAGAAGAAAAUAAAAAUGCAACUCCUAAGCAACUCAUGUUUCAGUCAUGGGGUUAUAAAUUUGAACAAUAUAUGACAACCAGUGAAAUAGGAAGUAAACCAGAUGUAUCAUCAACAACUCAUCAAUUGGAGGAGUUUUGCAUCAUGCUUGAAAAUAUCUUUAACGAACAUACUCUUAUAUACAAAGCCGAAGUGGAUGCUGUGAUACCUUACAGAUAUCCAGGUCCAGGAUCUGGUGAUACUUCAUGCUACACGGAGCUGAAAACUUCAAGGACGCGUACGAGAAUCAGUGCAGAAAUGUAUUUCUAUCGAAAUAAAUUACUAAACUGGUGGACACAAUCUUACUUAGCUGGCAUUCCUGAAGUGAUUUGUGGAAUGAGAGAUGAUUUGGGUAUUGUAAAUUCAUUGGAAGUUAUCAGAAUCAGUAAUAUGCCUAAUUUGGCUCAGGGAUUUUGGUCACCAGACGUUUGCUUACACUUCUGUGAUUACUUUUUGAACUACCUUAAGAAAACAGUGAUAGAAGAUGAUCCCAACACAGUUUAUCAUUUUAAAUACACAUCUGGGGAUACAGUUUACUGCAAGAGAAUGAUCAAUCCAGAGGCAAGGUAUCAAGUUAUUCCAAAGUGGUAUGUUGAAAGCAUGAAGAACAUAAAAUAAAGUGAACCAGAUUUUAUUCUCUAUCACAGACUUAUUGAGUUUUAAAAUUUUAUGUAGAUAUUUUAUAAGACAAAUAAAUUUUUUUAUCCUAAUUAUGUUUUUACCAUAUCUGCUUUUUUACACUAAACUAUCAACUCAAAUUUACAAUUGAAUAACACUAGGAUUGAUUUUUAUACAUUAUAGCAAUAUGUUGUAGUUUUGGAGUUUGUGUUCGUGAAUAGUAAAAAUCGUAUUAUUUUAAAAUAAUAUUACAGUGA